AGCAUUCGGUUAAAUAUCGCCUACUGUCUGAACUGUCUGUCUUUGUCGUUCUUUGACAAAGAGCUGCUGAGGUAGAAUUUAAUUGUAAAUAGAAACGCCGAUUUAUACUAUUGCGCCACAAAUAAUAGUGGUUGAUUUAAAAAUAUGAAAAUCUUUAAGUUAACCAUCGUUUUGGUUUUGUGUAUUUUUACCGAAGCCACCAAGAAAGAUACCCUAACAAGCCAAAAAGAAGUACCUAUUGGUCCAAAUGAAUCAACUACUCACGCCCCUGAACCUUCAACCACCCCAGCCCCACCAAGCCCACCAACCACAGCAAGACCAACAACCCCCAGUAGUACUACAACAACAGCAAAACCUACAACAAAACCAUCGACGACAGCAAAACCAACAACUCCUUCAACUACUACAACAACCAGCACGACCACUCCAGUACCGUCCUCCACUACUACUACGAAGCCAACCACUACAACCCCUUCGCCAAAUCCUAGCAAACCUGAUGUGGGAACCUGGAAUGUUACAGAACCUGGCACCGACAUAAUUUGCAUUUUGGCAAAAAUGGCAAUGCAAAUAGAGGUUGAUUAUGAGUACAAAAACGAUACUCGAAAAGCAGUUCUCAAUGUCCCAGCGAAUGCCACAGCCAAUGGUACAUGCAACAAUCUCAAAUCCAAUCAGCUUUCUAUCAAGUGGACAGAUGCAAAACAUAAUAUCACAAACUUUAUCAUUUUCAAUUUCGUGAAUAACACAAAUACUUCCACAAUUGGUCUCAACAAUAUUCUUGUGAAUCUGAAUGGUCUAAUGCCUAAUGAAAAAGAACCAAUGAACUUCUUCUACAAUCAUACUGUGUUCGAAACACCUCUAACAAGUUCUUACAAAUGCAAGAAGGAGCAAACACUCACUUUAAUCAAUGCUAAGAAUGACACCAGUUGCAAGGCAAUGUUGACUGUCAGUCAACUUCAAAUGCAGGCAUUCAGAUCAUCAAAUACCACAGAUUUUGGAAAUGCAAUUGAUUGCAUAUCUUCAACUCCAGACAUAGUUCCCAUCGCAGUUGGUUGUGCUCUAGCUGCUUUGGUAGUGAUUGUGCUUCUAGCUUACUUGUAUGGUCGUAGAAGAUCUCAGGCAAGAGGAUAUCUCUCAAUGUUUGCUGAAACAAAACAAGAAGAGGACUAUAUACCCAUGAAGACAUUGUCAUGUUUUCGUUGAAUAAGUGUAUUAUGCAAAUAUAUGUGAUAUGUGAGUGAUAAUUGCUUGAAAAGCACUCUAGCCUUUUAUAAAUUUAUAAUGUGAUAAGAAAGAAAUAUUUUUCUUCAAGAAGAUAACUGAUUUGUGUAGGUCUUGCUUUUUCCAUUUAUUCUUAAUUGUUUGAUAUUAUUUUACCUUUUUAAACAUUCUGUCUUGUAUGAACUAAAACACCAGUGAUAUAAUGAAACGAUUUGAUGUUAAUUAGCAUAUUUUUUCUAACUGAUUCAUCACAAAUAUGAUGUUAUAAUCGGAAGUUUCUUUGAGUCAUUAUUGUAAAAUUAUAGAAUAUUCCGAUUUGACAAGAGACCACAAACGCUGUUGAAGCAUUUGUAAUUAAUUCUAGUUUGGGUUAGUUGUUGUGAGCAAUGUAAAUGUAAAACGACAAAUGGUUGAAUUAAAUAUUUAAUUUAC